CGGCUGACGUCACCACUUCCACAACAACAAGAAGCUGAAAAACAAGGAAGUGAAUGAUUGUGAAGCCGUAACCUGUUAUAAGGCCGUGACAAGAUACGCAGAGCUCCGUUUAAUCAGAUAUUCCUCAGCCUCCGGAUCAAUCCAGAAAAAUGAACAACAAAGGUUCAUAUCAACAGCAGGCUGUGUACCCUCAGCAGAGCUCUGCACCUGUAUACCCUCCUGCUAUGCAAAUGUCUCCUCAGGCCCCUCCUUACACAGACACACCACCUGCAUAUUCUGAGAUAUACCAGCCCAGAUAUGUGCUUCCACAUCAGGUGCCCGGUCAGGUGGCGCAGAUGUCCUCUCACUACCCUGGUGCUCAGAUGUUUAUGCCCAUGCAACAUAUGCCUGUUGGGCAAAUGGGCCAGAAUGUCCCCAUGGCUUACUACCCCAUGGGAGCCAUGUACCCCCAUGGUUCAACAGUGAUGGUGGAUAGCAGCUAUGAUGCUGGUGCUCGCUUCACAGCAGGCAGCGGCGUUUCCAUUCCACCUCCACCUCCUGGACAUCCCCCCAAUGCAGCUCAGCUGGCUGCCAUGCAGGGUGCCAAUGUUGUAAUGGCACAGCGCAAGAACAACUUCUUCCUGGGUGGAUCCAGUGGAGGUUAUACCAUCUGGUAACAGCAACUCUUCAACUCCUCCUUCAUGCCCAAACCGUGUCCCCGUCCCAAAUGAUGCCCCAGUUCUUCCCCCAUCCCCAUACGCCUCCCUCUUCAGGCUGCUUGGUCAUGCCACAAUACUGAUAUCACCUAACGGAAUGUAAUAUUUUAGAGCCCUUGUGAAAGGUACAGUACUCCACUUCUGACCUAGAGAUCAAAUGACGAAUGCUACUGCCUGAAGAGGACAAAUGCAACUUUUUAAUGUCGUAGAAUUCAUUCCAUAAUCCUCCAUUGGGUCUAACCUCUUUGGUCAUUCCAGAUUGGACCUCUCAGGCAUCUGUAGUUGUUCAAGAGACCUGGUCUCAUUUGAUCGAAUGGAUCGCAAAUUACCUUGAGAUGUUCUUGUAUACCUGUAAAAGCUACGUAAAUGAAAUAUUGAAAUAUCAGACCCGCAUUAUAUAGUUUAGCUGCUUUAUGGUGAAAGUGAAAUACAGUUAAAGUUGCAGUUAAAGCGCAAAAAAAAAAAUCCAUUUGUCUUUUUUGAAAAACUUUUAGUGUAGUUAAAUUAGUAGAUGUGUAAUAGUUUCAUGUAAAUACCAGUAUGACCAUGAGAAAUUACAUCUCAACUAUACAAAAAAGAAAAGAAGUAGCAUCUUGGAUGCUUUUAGCUAGAAUUGUCUUGUCCUUUGCACAAUAUCCAAAAUAUUACAGCAAAUUUGUUGUACAGUCUUAACAGAUUGUUACAUUUAAAUCACUUGUAAAUUUAGAUAAAUUAAACUGAAGCAAAUAAUUAAAGAAAAUAUUUCAUGCAAUAUCCAAAGUGGUUUACUGUACCUUGUUGGGCAAUUUGUAGAUGAAUAUAGUCAAGUGCCAAAGAGCACUGGGGAUAGCCCGAAUUUAAAGCAAAUUAACUUCAGUAAACUUAAAGGAAAGAAAUUUAAAGAAAAUCCAAAUAGUAAGUUGAAUGGGAAGCGUGGUUGGUGUAACAUUUUAGCAUUUAGCAGUCUCCUGUUUUUAUUUCAGUCGGAUACCCAGAGUUUAUACACUAAAAUGUUUUAUUGUACAGACUUCAAGAACUAUCCUCCACUGUCUUUUGUCUUUUCACACCGUAUUAUUUGGUAUCAUUAAACCAAUUUCUAAAGUAUUUAUUCACCGUAGAAAAAUGUCACCUUUGUGAUAGCAUUAGUUUCUUGUCAACGUUUUCAAAGGUUGAGGAGACUUUUAAUAAAUAUUUCAGUGUUUCUUUUUUUUUUUUCCUUCAUUACUUUACUUUUCCACAUUUACAUAACUAGUUAGGCUAAUACAUUUGUUAGUAGAACCAAUGAGCUGGUUGUACCAAAGAUUUGGUCUACAAUGCACUUCUGUUUGGUCGUGACUUGAAAUUUGAAAUGUCACAAUUUAAAAAAAGAAAACAUAUCAUCGAAUAAGCAGGUGUGAGACUGUUGGUACCAAGACCUUCAGUCUGACAUGACUGCAAUUGUUAGUUAAUGUGUUAAUGUCACUUUAUGUGAAUCAAUCACAUCUUUAAGUUGUUGCAUACUUUUGCACCUUUUUGCUAUGUAAAAAAAUUUGAUUACACUUUUUAUCUGACAUGCACUGCAAAGCAAAUCGGAGAGGUUGCGGACAAGGGGCUACUUUUUUUUAUAUUCUGUUUUCAUGACUUUAAAGAAAGUUGUGAGAAUUUAGAAUUUAGAAUUUUUUUUUAAAUUUAGAAAAUGCAUCUAGUUUAGUCCAUUGCAAAUAAUGUCUAGGUGUGUCGUGUAGUAGUAGCCUGAAAGUGUGUGUGCAAACUUGCAAAGAGGCUAUAUCACUGUCAGCGUAAUUGUUCAUUUCCAAGACAUUUUUGUGCUGCUAAUUAAACUUUAGAAUCUUUACACAAUAAGUUAUCUUGCAAACUUACAAGUUAAAAAACAAAAAAAAACAACAAACAGGUAUCUGAAACAGAAACUAGGUAAGUCAGCAUGGAUACCACAAACGUAUAUUUGUAGAUUUUUCUUCCAUUUUGGUGUCCGGUAGCGUCAAUGUGUCACUGGGUAUCCGACACACCGUAUCAAGUUUUAACAGCUGUGGCCACCAGAAAACAAAACGCUGUUGCUGUCGACUCAACAUUCGGUGAUUUCAGUGUUAAGUGGGAGAGACCAGCUGUCUGGAAACGUGCUUCGUUCAUCUGAUGAACUCCUCAUAGCAGCUCCUACGCCAAGCUACUCCAGACGUGACACUCCAGUGUUUUUAAAUUGGCUCAAUUGUUCAUUUAUUCUCACUCGUGCUGUCGUUUCAUACAGUUCUGCUGGGGGAGAGGCCACAGCUAUCAAAACUUAAAAAAAAAAAAAAGGAGUUCAAUCCAAUGUUUUUCUCUUUUUAUUCCAUCUCUGCUCCAACGGUUUGUAAAGCAGCAUAAUGGUGGCUCUGUCCCAGCAAUAUGAAGUACUGUAAACUGCAGCUGACCAGUAGAUGCUAUGCCAACCACAGCCAGCAAAUGGAUUACUCUUUGUUGAAGGAUUAUGGACAUAUAUAGUUCAGGGAUUCUCUUUACAAUAUUUUGUAAAAUAGAUGUAUGUACUAAAGUGAUGUGAUAGACUUUGGUACACGUUCGAUCUUUUAAGAUUACUAAAGGAGAUGAGUGUCAAAGGUGGAGUACUUUGAGAAAAAAAAAGAUCUUAGGUGCACUUAACUUUUUUAUACUAAACUUAAAAUUUAAAAUGUAAGUUUAGAAUAAAGGUUAUUUUGGAAAUUUGAAA